AUGACAACUGUCAUAAACUAGAAUAUUCGAGGUCAAAGGUGAUUUCUGUUUUUGGUAAAGUUUUGGAGUUUUGGUGCGAUUUCAGUUGAAAGUUUGAAUCAGAAUUCUGUUCAUAAUUCCGUUAAUACUAUUUUAGGCUUAAUUUUUAGAGAAUCGUUGAAUGUAAAUUUUAGUAUGAAAUCCAUGUGAAAUUGUUUUGACUCGAUUCUUGACUAUUACCUACAUUUUAAGUGUCCAUUCAUCGAUUGAGAUUGCCGGAUAAUUGUUUUCAAUUUUCUCGUAAUUGUGGUGUAUAAUUAUUAUUAAUUAUCGUUUCCAAAUAUUGCGAAACUGGCUUCCUUCGAUGAAAAUUUCUGUGGGAUGGACGUAGAUCCAUUGCCCAGUAGUUCUUCAGGUUUACCUACCUCACUAGUUCUACAAACGCUACCCAAAAUUGAUGAAAAUGAUAUUUUGAAUUCUAAACCACCUAAAGAACGGAUUUUGGAAAUGUUGGAUUUAUUAGAAAUUCAUGUAGAAAAAUUGAGGAAAGGAGCCAGUCAACUCGAAGAAGAUAAAGAUGCUUUGCUCUCAACUUUAGAUUCCGUUAUGAAUGCUGAUUCAAUGUAUAAUAUGGACGAAAAUGAUCGGGAUGAUGUCAACAGGUAUGCUGAUCGGAUAAUGAGCAGAUGUAUGACUGUAGAAGUAAAAGUACUUACCCAACGAGAUAAAAUGCAAGAAGAAGCCUUGUUCCAAGUAAACCAUUUGAUUGAUGGACUUGUGGUGGCUCUGAAGGGAGAUCCCGAGUCUGCCAAGGCUAGAUGUGUAACCUACAUGAAUGCUUGUUCAUCGAAUUUAGUACAGGGAAUUACUGACAAAAACUUUGAAUCUGCUUUACUUGGGUGUACCCUUGAUGAUCAAAAGAAGGUCAAGAGAAGGCUUCAAGGCCUGCUGACUUAUUUUGAGAAAAUGAAAGUAAUAUCUCUUCAAUGAUUACCAUCAAAAUAAUAUUUGUAUCGUUGAGAGUUAUAUAACUUGUAUACACUUCAAUAAGAUUGGCCAGAAUUGUUUGUGUCAACUUAUUCUGAAAAUACACAUAUAGUUUCUACAA